AUGUCCUGCUGUGUCCCCACCUGUGGCGUGGCCACCCCGACCCCUCUGGCUGACACCAGCAACCAGGCCUGCGUGCGCCAGUGCCCCGACUCCACGGUGGUCAUCCAGCCCCCGGCCUCGGUGGUCACCUUCCCCGGGCCCAUCCUCAGCUCCUUCCCGCAGCAGAGCUCCGUGGGCUCGGCCGGAGCUCCUUUCGUCGGAGGCGGCUUCGGCGGCUCCUCCGGACGUCGUGGGGGCUCCGGAGGCUCCGGUGGCUUUGGGGGACUCGGGGGUUAUGGAGGAUUUGGAGGUUUUGGGGGCUACCGUGGCUUUGGGGGAUUCAAAGGUUAUGGAGGAUUCAGAAGUUUUGGGGGCAGCUGCGGCUGCUCCAGAGGCUGCGGGCCCUGCUAA